AUGUUAAUAAUGAGACUUGCUGUUGGCGGAACAUCCUGCUUUGCGGUAUGGGCUUCCGCCAUGUUCGUGGAAGUUCUCGGUUUGUUUCCGUCUUGGUGUUUGGUCGUCGAGGACGGAAAAUCGAAGCCGAACUACAUAAGAGAGUUCGGGCAUCCUCCCCUUCAAGACACUACUCUGACCAAUCUGUUCAUUUCUUCCUCACCUUCUCCUCAGCAGAACACUGGCAUAUCAUCUCGAACAACAUGUUCUCAGGGCACUGAUGCAGGUUGCACCGACACAGCUCAGCACAGUGUCGGACUUACUAAGACUUCGUUCGAUAAUUUGGGUUGUAGGAAUAGAUCUGGAGGGAGUAACACAUAUACAUGCCAUUGCUCGCAAGGUAGGCUGGCCUCAGUAGGCGACAGUGUGACUUGUGGUGCCGACCUUCUAUCACCCGGAGCUCAAGCAUCAGGAUUGUCGAGAAGAAGAGCUCGGCAAUCCAAGGAUAUACAAGCCAGAAGGCGACGACGAGAAGUCGAAUAUUGCCCUUAUGGUCUGACAUCUUGUAACGUUGCAGGCUAUACCAACAACUAUGAAGGUGUCGCUCGCGGUGCUUCGACAUGUGUUAACGGGAAAUGUGUCGCCUCGGCUUGUAAGAAAGGGUUGAGAUUGGUAGAUGGACAAUCUCAAUAG